AAUGCCUCCGAAAAAAGCGCAAACUCGACGAAUCGUCAGUCUGGAUUCACUUUUUGGCCAUACUCUACUGAAUAUCACCGGCGAACCUGUGACACCAACGAAAAUCGCCAUUUUUCAACUAAUUCGCACACUUUUUCACGCACAUUUCGGAGUUGGCGCGGUGCCAAGCCUGAAGCCUUUCGAUAAGGAUGAGAAAACUCGAGUAUUCACAGUUCUCUAUGGCUUAAUCAUCAUGAAAUCUGAAAUUUCCUACGACGAUUUUCGCUGUAUCGUGAGAAUUUUGAACGAUGGGCUCGGGCGAUCCAUUUAUUAUCGAUUUGUUACAAGCAUGGAAAAGCUCGCGCACGGUGAAGAUCAAAUAGAAAUGCUCUUUGAAGACGCAUUCUACACUGCAAAACGUCCAAAUCACGAGAAAGUGCUAAAACGUGAAGAUUCUUGGCUCGACGAGCUCACUUUUAUGAAUAGCAACUCGUUUUUGUAUAUUUGGAUAAAACGCGUCAUGAUGCAGUACACAAGAACCUCGCAGAAUGGAACUUUUGAGAUUGCAGAGAAAUUCCAAAAAUGGAUUAUUUCAGGAACUUUAGAGAUUAUCAGCCACCCAAUAUUAUCCGGAAUCAAUCGAGCUCUUCCCACCGAAAUCGACUGCUCAAUUCGUGCUCGUCACUGGUGUGCCGCACAGCUCCGUCUCGUCCAACUAUGCCCGACAAAAGCAAUGUCAUAUUUCCAGAUUCUUGACUGGUGUGACACAAUUCAUCGCCGACAUCAUGACGUUGUCGAUGUACAUCUGCUCCGUGCAGCGAUUUUUGUACAGUUAAAAAACUCAUCGGAUGCUGUAAAAUCACUGAAACAAUUCUUCGAUAUGAGCAUGCUUGAAAUCACUGAAAAUUCGAAGCACGCGUUGGAAACACUGAAAUUAAUGUCUCCGAGCCAAGUUGCUUUGAGAUUUGGGCCCAUUUUGCAAGGAAGAGUUCAUAGGAUUUUUGGGGAAAGACAAAUCGCGAGUGCCCUUUUCGCCGAGAGUAUCCAACAAUCACAGGUGAACGUGGACGAUAUGUGUAAUCGAAUCGCAAAUAUGGAAGUGACAAUCAACUCGAUUUACAUGUCAGGACCACUUUUACAGCGUCUUUCCGGCGAAACUUUUGCAGCUGGCAAAAAAGAAGAGGAAUCGGUGGAAAACGAGCGUCGUGUCCAGCAGAAUUCGGUUCACGCAGCUGUCGAUUUAAACGUGCCAACUCUCCGAUCACUUCAGAAAAACUUCCGCGAAGACUACGAACUACACGCUUUUUUGGUGUCAAUGUGCAAGUUUUUACUGUGUAUUCAGGAUAUGAUGGAUGGGAAAUUCUUCAAACACAACAGCACUGCUGACUACGUUUCCGUGGGAUUUCAUCGUCUUCGGCUUCUACUGGACAUGAACAAUAAGGGAUUCGUUUUACAAGCAUUUGCGAAUGCUAUUAUGACUAGUGGAUUAAUCCAAAGCGGAAUGUACCAUCAAGCAAAGCGUGUUGCCGAGACAAUGAUCGUGAGCAACUGUGAUGCUCCAAAUAGUCCGAUUUUGGAGACGGAGAGCCAUGCAGUCGCUGGUGUGAAUCUCGUCUACUCUCUGGCAGCUGUUGGUGAUUAUGAGAAGGCUCAAAAAACAAUCGAUAUUCUUAAAAACCGAUUCCCCGAGAAUAUCAAUUGGAUGGCAGCUCGCCACGUGGAUAUUUGCUCGAAAAUCGUCAAUUUCGAGAGAAAUUUCCUGCUUAACAAGUACUCUGAAUGCUCCCGACACCUGGCGGGUCUCGAAACUUCUGCCCCGCUGGAAUUUGUGCUCCGCAAGUCUUUGUUGCUCGCGGCGACAGGAAAACUCGCAGAAGCGGUGCUCCUUUUGGGAACCUACGAGUGUGGUGAUGUACGAGGUUCGAUGCGGAUUCAUAUGCAAAUGGCGACGAUUCAUACGGCCUACGGACAAUUUGAAACUGCAGAGAUUCAGAUUCAAGAAGCCGGCAAAGUGGCGGUGAAUGCGCAUUUUUUGGAUGCAAAUUUGCUGGUUGUUAGACGAGUUGGAAGCUUGAUGCUCGGCCGGUUUAUGGCUCGGGAGGCUUAUCAGGUUUUGCAUGCUUUGAGCGCCAAAAUCGAACAUUUCGGAUCUUUCAUCGAGAAAGCCAUCUAUCACGUUUCGAUGGCUCGUUGUCUGCGUCUCAUGCACAAAGAUCCUCGAGUUCAUCUGAAACAAUGCAAAGCCCAAAUCAUCGGCAACAAGUGGCCAGCGAUGGAGAAGCUUCUGCUCACCGAGCUCACGAUUCUCCACCACUCGGGCGGCCUCUAUCCGGAUGAGCAGAAGGAGAUGAAGGCGAAGGAACGAUUCGGAAAGAUUGAGGCGGAUUUUCCUGGGCCAUGCACGUGGAUGUUUAUUUAAUAGCAAUUUUUUUUUGUUUGUUGUAUUUUGUAGAUUGAUCUCAAUAUAUGUUUACGAGUUUGGAAUAAAUAAAUUUUUGCACC